UAACCCGAAUGAAAUAAUUAGUAAUACAAUAUUAUCAAUAAAUCUCUAAGAUUUUGUAAUUAGAAUAUCACUAUAUAAAACCAAAACUUAUUUGGAGAAAGUACUCAUUUCCAAAAUGAAGUUUGUAGUAUUGUUUGCUGUGGUUUUGGCGACCGCUUCAGCGGUCCCAACGUUCCUUCGCAAGAACAAAUUCUUCCCUGACGGAAGAAUUGUCGGAGGAGACGAUAUUCCAAUAGAACAAGUCCCUUGGCAAAUUUCUCUGCAGUAUUAUGGUUCUCACAUGUGUGGUGGUUUUGUCAUUAGUGAAAAAUAUGUUAUCACUGCUGGUCAUUGCACUGAAGGUGUUACAGAAAACGAUAUCAACAUUCGUGCCGGAACCUCGAUUCGUGAAUCAGGUGGCCAAGAAGUAAAAAUCGCCAAAAUCCACCAUCAUCCAAAAUACGAUGGAGGUCUUAUCGAUUACGAUAUCUCUAUUUUGGAAUUGGCUACGCCUUUGACACUCUCUGAUAAGAUAUCUCCUGUCAAAUUGCCUGAAGCUAAUACCGUUUGGCCUGACAAUAUUGAUGUUCUUAUCAGUGGUUGGGGAACCACCGAAGAAGGUUCUGGUAGUCUUCCAUCGAAUCUUCAAGGAGUUACUGUUCAAAUCGUCUCGCCUGAGUCCUGCAAAAAGGCCUAUGGUGCAGAUGCCAUCACCACGCGCAUGAUCUGUGCUGGAGUUAACGGUGGAGGUAAAGACUCGUGCCAGGGAGAUUCUGGUGGUCCUUUGGUGGUCCCUAAUGCUGAUAAUACUCUUGGAGGUAUUGUUUCGUGGGGAGCGGGAUGCGCGCGUCCUCAAUAUCCUGGAGUUUACUCAAAUGUUGCUGCACUUCGUGAUUUUAUCACUGAAGUGACUGGAUUGUAAACUGUUUGUUUUAAGCAAUAAAGUAUUAAAACACC